CCGGUUACCAAAUUUCGUGCAAAUAACUUACUUAUGUCACUUUUAUCAUACAUCACUUGAAUUUUGCUUUUGCCACCUUUUGCCAGAAUCAGUAAUCAGAAACGGUUGUUUAAAUGGCAUAUUUUUCUUUGGUUAGGUUGGGUGUGACUAUUUUUUAAUUAAUGAUAUCAACAUAAACUGUGGAACUAGUAUCAUAAUUUACGAUUACUUUUUUGUGAAACUAUAUACGGAAUCAAGUUUUUUUCUUAUGUACAAUGCCAGUAGACCAUUUUAUUUAGUGAAAAUGAUCUGAUAUUAUUGUUGUGUAUAAACAUUACACUUCAAAAGAUGCCCUCACUGAGGAAAAGGGUUUCGAGCUACUUCAGACAACUGAGCUUUCACAAUGAAACCAGAGACAAAAGACACAAUAUCAAUGAAAAUUCCUUCGUUACGAAAUAUUUAUUGGGACAAAUUACCCUACGAGAUGGUCCACCAAUCAUUUAUGGAAAAAAUCCUACUGAUUUGCCGAAUUAUGAUUUAGAUCAUUAUGAAAGCGGAUCAAACACUGUCAUAGGAUGUUAUUCUGGCCCUAAUGGGGGACUUACCACAGUUAAACGAACUGAAAAACAUUUGUCUAUGUUAGAUGCUGAUAUUGAUUAUAUUGAUACUCACGAUGACGAACCUGUAUCAACUAAUCUACCAAAGAAAUCACCAAAUAAGUUAUCCCCUGGACAACCUAUUGAUAAUACUGCAAUGAUCAUAAAAGUCGCUGGACAUGAAUAUUGUGUAAUCAAUAAGCCAAAGAGGCGCAGUAAAAGUCUUAGCUUGGGCAGCAUUUCAGAUUUCAACAUUGAAAUUGAAAAAACUAAAAUUGAUAAAAGUUUCUACUGCACUAACAAUAAUAAUUGUGAAAGUGUAGAAUGUAAAAACAUAGCUUUGAAUGAUGAUGAAAUCGAUUGCAAUGAUAUAAAAGAAAUCUCGCCAAAAGAUCCCCAUAUUCCUAUUAGAAACAGUGAAAUUGUUCCAAAAUGUAAAGAAGUUAUUGAGAAGAAACCUAUUUCAAGAACUUCAGUACCAAACAGAACUAAUUUGAAACAACGAAAUAAUGAUAAAACAGAAAAGCCAGUUGAAAGCUAUGAGCUGUCCAAGUCUAAAAGUGAGGGAAACCCCUUUCAUCAAAAGAAAAGAGGAAAAAUUAUUAAAAUAGAUAGGCGGAAUAUGAGGGGUAAAAUUUUAGCAUGGUGUGGUUAUAAAGUGUUUAUUUUUGCUAUUUUAGGUGAAAAAGCAAGCAUUGCUGCGAAAUCUGCAGUUCAUGGAAGUCUCCAUUAUCUGAACAAAACCAUAUUCAAUGAUACGAAACCUUUUGAAAAUCUCACAAUAAAGACUGAUGAAAGCUCCACAUCAAGUAGCAUUGUAGAUGAAAGUAUCAACUUGAUCAGCAACACUCGAGAAGUAUUUAUUUGUUUACUGCGCGCUUUCAACUGUGCUCAUGAUCUUAUUCUGGAAAACAGAGGCAUGCUCACCACAUUGACUGUUGCAGUUAUAUUACCAUUGAAGCAAAAACUAGAAAGGAGAGUGGUGCUUCAAAAUGGUGAAGAGAGAAGAGAGACUGAAAUUCAGUAUGUUUGCUGUGUUUGUAAUGUAGGAGAUACACUGGCGUACGUCUAUUCACAGAAAUAUGGAGUUAGAGAACUCACAAAAGGUUCACAUGAUAUAAAUUGCAAUAGAGACAUGAGGGAUGCUCUUGGAGCAUUGGGGCCAGUUGAUGGAAUCAACCCAGAACUGAGUAACCUCACUCUUUCCAUAACAACCAUACAAAAAGGGGAUAUUGUAAUGGUUGCCAGUGAUGGACUCACUGAUAAUUUUGAUCCAAACGUUUGCAAGUUUACUGUAAAUACUGAACCUACAAAAUCACGAAGACCAAGUACCAAUAAACCACCAAGAGGAACACAGUCACAGGUACCUGUAGAAAUUAAACAGUCUGUUGUCAAACCCAUUAAAGUCAUUGAAACUAUUCCAAAACCACCAAUCAAACCACCGAGAAAAUCUAAGAAUAGAGAUGAUUCAAGCAGAAGUUCUACUGAAAGGAACAGCAUCAAAAGCAACACAAUUUCAGAGAAGUCUUCUUCACCAUCAGUCGAAAAUAUGACGUUUCAAAAUAAAACUAAUGAUUCACUAUCGCUAAUUAAACAUUCCGAAGUUAGUAAUAUAAUACAUAAUAAUACAUCUGCAGAUGCAAGAAGUGCUGAAAGAUUGACUAGUGAAGCACCUUACAAAACUUUAGAGAGCAGCUCUACUAGUACUGAUAAACCGAAAGUAGAUUAUGAUAAUCCGCUUGUAGCAGCUUUUAUAAGAGAAAAUUCAGUAGAAGAUUCACCAAAAAUAAACAAAAAUAAUAAAAAACCCACAGUGGUUGAGAACAAAGCCAGUAGUCUAAGACGCCAAGCAUCUAGUCAGUUACGACAGGAAACUGUUCAAUCUAGUCACAAAUCUGUUGCACAACCUUCGAGCAAAACACUUCAAAGCAUGGAAGAUACGAAUAGGUCAGUGAAAAAAACUGGAGGAAAUAAAUUUUCACGUUCAAAAACAACGAUAGAUAUUAGGGCUUCCACUUCAAAACAGAUACUUCGGAAUGAAGAUGGGGUACCUUAUAUAACACCCGUUCAAAGAUAUGAAUUGCAGCUAUUAUUGAUUGAAGAUAUUUUGAAAAACGGCAUAUCAGGUAAGGAUUCGCCGUGUAAUUUGGCAAAGAGGUUGUGUGAAAUACUAAUUAGUUACACAGUAAGUAUUACCUCCGCCAAGCGUCACUCUUUGGAAGACCAGGAUCUCUAUUUUGACCACAAAAAUGGUGUUUUAGUAGAAGUUUCAAGUCAUGAGAAAAAAAUUAGAAGAAAAAAAGGAUUGGAGAAAGUUCAAAAUUUACCUGGAAAACUCGAUCACGUUACAAUUGUUGCUUACAAUGUUGGUCAUUUCGCACAUCAUUGAUUAUUUUACAAGUCAUUCUGGAUUGUUCAGUUUUCUUCUCGUUUCCAGUAUGAGA